AUGGACUCUAAUGGGACGAGCGACGCCCCGAAAGGCAUCGCUGCCAGUUAUGCUCUAGAGACAGACGGUCGAGCUCAUCCAUCUAGCGCGGUGUUAUUCCCAUUCGCUCCAGUCACUGUUGCGUCGACCGUAAAUCACUCCUUUCGAGGAGAAACGGCCAAGAAGGGACAGUCCAAGAACCCUUACAGGCCGAGUUGGUACACAGCUAGGAAUAUCUAUUCCGACAAGACCCUCUACAAUAAAGUCGGAAUACCUCAAAUGGAGGCGUUUCUCAUCGGUGAAGGGGUCGAUAUCGCCCAAACGUUUCCAAAAGGCCCCUAUUACAUUCAGCAACGCAGCAAACGCGUGAAAGUCAAUAGGGGAGACGCAUUGAUAGAUAUGGUCAAGGUGGUUCACCAACGAGUGAUUGAUCGUCGGCGUGCUGGUCAUCCCGUAGGCCCAAACCAAGCGCCCCAUCCGGGUGCUAGAGAUUGGGAAACACAGAUCGCCGCGUUUGACAGCGGAAAUGGCUUAGGAACAGUAGCUGGUAUCAAUGGUAGUGCAUUCGAGGCCACUUCUUGGGAGGAGGAUGUUCCGAGGGCCAACCACGACGAUCAUGCGCCGGCCUCAUGGGAUGCAGGUGAAGCAGCGCAGGUGAGAGACGAGGGUCAUGCACGAGGCACCGCUCCCUCAGCGUUUGCGCCUGGUCACGUCGCUCCGCCCGCCCCUCAGUAUAUGGGUAACCCUCUCCCCGCUCAGCCCAACAACGUCGCCAGCCAACAACUCAACCGGAUACUCAAAGACCUUAGAUCUAUCAAGGACGCCAUCAUGUCCGAGUUUGAGCAUGUUUCCAAAGCUGUUGAGAGCGGAGAGGAAGAGGCUGCCACCUACCUUGAGCUUGACAACGACACAGCCUCAGAGCGAGUUCAAGCAAAGACCUCAGAAAUCGAACGACUCAUCCGCGACAGCCAAGGUCGAGUCGUGAUCUCGGCCGAAGCCCAAGCUCUCGUACGCCGCAUCAUUGACUUGGGCGUUCACUACAUCAACAUAGACCGCCGCUUCAAGGAGAAGAAUGGCAACAAGGCCAAGCUCGUCAAGGAAGCGCACGACACGAAAUGGGACUUCCAACGCGCCCGGUCUGAUCUCAUGCAGCAGAUUACGGACGACGUCGUGUGGGAGCGCUUUGUGCCACGCGCGGGCUAUAAAGUUGCCUUCAUAGUGCGCGAGGUCUUUCCAGUAGACCCUCUCAAAGUCUUGGAGUAG